AAAAAAGUAAAUAAAUAAAAGCCGAUUGUUGAUUUAUUGAUUGUUGAUUGACACUUGCUAAUUGUCAUAUGCAAAUGAUAAUUUAAAUAAUAAAAAAAAAUUGUUUUAAUGAUGGAUUCACAACAAUUAAUUUAUCCACAUUUAUUAUCAGAUGAUAAUUUAAAAGAAAUAUUAAAAAAUAGUUGUAUUGAAGUAUUGAAUUUUAACAAAUUGGAUAGAAAUAAAUUAAUUGAAAUUUAUAAACGAGUUGCAUUACCAAUAACUCAAAGAAAAUAUAAUGACAGACAACUUGGUAAAAGACUCCAAAAAUUAAGAAUAACAAGAGGUAUUAAAAUGAUAAAUUUUGAUGAUAAAAAUAAUCUAAGUACAAAUGAUAUUGAAGAUUCAUCAAAAAUAUUACCAAUAAAAAAUCAUGAAAAUAAUGAUCAACAAAUUGACAAAAAUAAUGUUAAAACAAUUAAUUUAUCUAAUAAUUGUGAUGAUAAUAAAUUGCAUAAACGAAAGAAUGAAGAAAUUAUGACAUCACCUGGAAGUGAAUCGAAAAAACGACAAAAAAUUACUUGGCCCUAGGGUCAUUGAAAAUUAUUAAUAACAAAUAUUAAAUGUUCAAUUUUGAA